AUGAAACUUGCACCAACUCCGAAAAUGCCACUGAAUUUCUUGUUCGUCUUGGUGGCUAUCGCAUAUGGAGCCGCUGUUGUAGAGGUUGUCUCUGCCACGAAUGACUGGUCAAGGCCGUGCUUCGAUGGCGAAUGCGCCUAUGAUCUACCAUCGCACGGUGACUCAGCCCUUGGUGCAUUCAAAAUUAAAGGUUCGCCAAAAGCAAUCACGGAUAUUACACCUGCUGCGGGAUGGAUCAUACUAGAUUGUGACCCGCAUGCUUUGUCCCAGGAAAUACGACUGGUAUGUCAAUCCGACGACAAGGCGAGCGACGAAUCAUGUAGCCACGUCUUUGAUCAUUGGGGCGCGGUGGACAAGAUUGUGCGGCUUCCAGACGGGUGUGGUGCCGGCCCCUUCGCGAGGAUUUCCCAGGCGUGGGUGGCGCACGACCAGACAUUGCCUGGGCACGUCGAGGGAAGGGUUGUACGAAGAGAUGGCAUUCCGCCUGUCAUCCACUCCUUCAAAGUUGACACCAACUUUGACGAAGUCGAUUCUUCGAAAGUCGGCGAUAUCAACUUCGCCUUCGUAGGACUCACCUCCCCAUCACCCUCACGCGACUUUCCUUCCGACAUCGACCUCAACUUCGAGUUCGUCGACAGCUGGUUCGACGAUACCUUGAAAUCCGUCGGGGGCUGGACCUCUGGUGCCUUUCAUACCGCGGCCAACGGCGUGGUACAGGCUGUUGCAGGCGUCGGGAAAGCUGUCGGGCUGGCGGGGCAGGCUGUUGGGACCGCUGCCACAGACACCGUGCAUGCUGUCGGGACCGCAGGGCAGGCUGUCGGGCACGCUGCUACAGAUGUUGGGAAGGCUGUGGGGCAGGCAGGGCAAGCUAUCGGGCAAGCUGCCGAAACCGCUGGGAAAGCAGUAGCAGGGGCUGCUGAUACUGCGUUCAAAGCAGUUGAAAGUGUACCAGGGUUGUUGCAAUCUGCUUCGACCUUCCGAUAUGAAUCACCAGCAGCAAGCCAGACAUUCGAGUUUAAUGGCAACAAGACCAUCAUCAAUUACCAAGACACAAAGUGUCCGAAAAGCGGUGUUCUUGUUUCUGGGACGCUACAGGUGGAUCUGAGGGGGGGGAUCAAGGGAACUGUCAGAGCAGGGGUCAUCAUGGAUGGGUCGCUUAUACCGGCCAAGGUCAAAGAGUUUGCUGCCUUUGCUGGGCUGACAUUCGAUGUGGAUGCAUCAAUCGUGUUAAAAGCUGCGGUUCUCGGUGGUUACGAUUCUAAAAGGAUUAAACUUAUCAGUCCUGUUGGUCUUCCGUUUCUUACCAUCCCCGGAAUUCUCACCGUAGGCCCUAUGGUCCACCUUGAAGCCGAGGUGAAAGCUUUAUUGGCCAUGGAGAUUGAUACGGAUGUUCAUCUGAAGUACAAUGUCGAAAAUUUGGAGCUAUGGUAUCCUAAGGCAAAGAAGCAGACAGUCGGGAAAGGCAUGCAUACCACAGACGCUCCUCUCAAACUCAAGGCAAACGCGCAGGCAAAUGCCAAAGGUUACAUCGAAGGGCACUUGGUCCCAUCGCUCAAAAUAGGCAUCUCCGCACUUAAAGAUAGCAUCAACACGGAUGUUUACCUCGAAGCGGAUGCAUUUGCUCGUGUCAGUAUCGCCGCUGAAGCCCACGCAUCCGGUACCGUCAGUGCGGGUGGCGCUGCUCCUGCCAAGGCUGCUAAUGGUAAUGCUGUCGCCCCUGCUAGAGAUUCGCCCGCCAAAGCUGCCGUCCCCGUCAAAACCUCCCACUCCAAAACUGCUGCUGCCGCUCCCAAAGUUGCCGCCCCCCACGCAGGGCACAAGGGUACCACCAAGGGCAAGGGCAAACGCCAUCUAUAUGUACCACCAUACGCUCACAGCGCCCGUCGCCGAGGGAUCUCUAUCCAAGACGAUGGCGCAGCCUCGUUCAGCGGCUGUGUUGAAUUGUCGGCUGGAUUGCAGCUUAAUUUUGGCGUCCAGGCGAAAGCGGGGGCAGUUUUGGAUCUCAACGAGAGUGGGUCGUUGUGGACGAGUCCGAUCUGGCCCAUUUGGUCGAGUUGCUUCGAAGCGGGUGCAAAGGUUGCGAACCCAGCCAGUUCGUUGGCAUGGAACGGUGAUCUGGAACAGAAAUUCAAGGCCAACGAUCUGAAGUGUGAUGCUUCCGGCGGGGGUGCGCUGAAGAGUAUCCCUGCUACGGUAGUCGGAGCGAAAAAGUGGACUGGAACCCCGACAACGCCAGGAUUAGAGAAGGGACCUGAUAGCGACAAUGAUCCGGUCUUUGCGUGUGGGUUUGGGUUGUACCGUCGAGACUACUACCGCUCACAAAUUCUAGAUCCUGAAGAAGACAUCAGGGUGACGCGAGGAUACAGUAUCUAUAUUGCUGAUGCGUAUUGGCCGGGGAGGAGUGGGAUGUUCGCUCGAGCAUUGAAGGUCGAUAUUAUCGCCGCGCCAACCUUGACGGCGACGGCAAGUGAGAUUAUGAAAGGGGGCAUACUGCGUUCCACGGAGUCGUGUCCUCGGGGUAGUCGGCCAAGUGAGGCGCUUCGUGUCGAUGUCCAGCCCGGGGCUACCUCAAACCUCCCAGCGCCCCAGAUGUCCCAGACCCCAGAGCGUUUCAUUACCUCCCGCACACUCUCAUGCACCUCGCCGUUCCCACUUCUAUAUGAUGACCCGAAAGUCCUGCAACAAGAGAAGAAGCAGGGAGCACGGAGACAGUGA